GGAAAAGAACGAGAAAAGAAACCCUUAAACCCUAAAAAAAUCAAACCAGUUAAUCUCCCUCUCAAAAGAGGGGAAAAAGGAACUUGGUUAGGGUUUAUGUUAAACCCUAAGGAAACAGUAUAGCUCCGCGUGUUUGUGGGGUGAUAAGAAAGUUUUUUUGUUAUUUGUUUAUUCAGAUAUACCAGCAGUAUACGCAGAAUGGCGAGGCUGCUUCGAAACGUGUCUAUUCUGAAACGCUCCGUAUGUUAUUUUGAGGCUCCUAAGAUAUGUUUACUUGGAUCAUCAUCUCAGAUAAGCAGUUUCUCUACUAAAGGUAAAAAGAAAUCAAAGUCUGAUGGAAGUGAUUCAGGUGAAGAGGGUAUGUCUAAAAAAGAUCUAGCCCUAAAACAGGCAAUUGAUCAAAUCAAUACUUCUCAUGGAAAAGGUUCCAUCAUGUUUCUUGGUCAGUGUCCUUCUCCCAGACACGUUCCAGUAGUGUCUACAGGAUCUUUUGCAUUAGAUAUAGCAUUGGGAGUUGGUGGAUUUCCAAAGGGACGUGUGGUGGAGAUAUAUGGUCCAGAAGCUUCCGGAAAGACAACUCUUGCCCUACAUGUAAUUGCUGAAGCACAGAAACAAGGAGGUUAUUGUGUAUUUGUUGAUGCCGAACAUGCCCUUGAUCCAUCAUUAGCUGAAGCUAUUGGUGUAAACACUCGCGAUUUGUUAUUAUCACAGCCAGAUUGUGGUGAACAAGCUUUGAGUCUUGUAGAUACCAUUAUCAGAAGUGGUUCAGUUGAUGUUGUUGUGGUAGACAGUGUUGCUGCCCUUGUGCCUAAAAGUGAACUUGAUGGUGAAAUGGGUGAUGCACACAUGGCAAUGCAAGCUAGACUUAUGAGUCAGGCACUUCGUAAAUUAAGCCAUUCGUUAUCUACAUCACAAACUAUUUUAAUCUUCAUUAAUCAGGUAAGGUCAAAGCUAGCUACUUUUGGAUUUGGUGCACCAUCUGAAGUGACUUGUGGUGGAAAUGCUUUGAAGUUUUACGCUUCAAUUCGUCUAAAUAUUAGGAGAAUAGGACUUGUCAAGAAGGGCGAAGAGAUAUUAGGAAGUCAAGUUCUGGUGAAGAUUAUGAAGAACAAGCUUGCACCACCUUAUAGAACUGCUCAAUUUGAGCUUGAAUUUGGGAAGGGUAUAUGUCGUGAGUCAGAGCUUAUAGAGUUAGGUAUAAAACACAAAUUCAUAAUGAAAGCUGGUGGGGCGUAUUACAGCAUGGGUGAAAUGAAGUUUUGUGGUAAAGAUGCCAUAAAACGUUACUUGGCCAACAAUUUACCCAUACGUGAAGAACUGGAGACAAAACUUAGGGAAAAACUUGUUGAUGAACCCAAAAAGGAGACAACAGAUGCUGAAGAAGUAGAUGAUGUUAUUGCACCGGAUUCAACCGAUGAAGAGGUGACCGCUGUGGAGGCAUGAAGUAAAAAUUACGGAUUUAACCUUGUAUUGUAAGUUGUUGUAACGUGUUCUCUCUUAAUUUUCUUUGUCCAAAUGGGGAUAAAUGUGUCUUUUUACAAGUCUUUUCGGCAAAGGUGGCACUUGGGAGAACAUGCACACGAAUCGGCUUGUAAGUAUAUGGUAGUUUUGUAAUAUGGGUAUCAGGUCGUAUAUUGGAGUUUUGAUUUUGAAUGAAAAAUGGAAGCCUCUAU